AUGUUGAAACGUGUGGUCAAGCGUGUUUCAAGCGGUCUACACUCACUUCCAUUCCCACUUGCAUGUCAUCGACCACUUGCUACAAUUACUGCUUCACGGUUGCUUCAGAAAGCUACUUUUGCUGCAACUGCAAUCAGUACAAGCACUGCCUGUGCCUUUUGCUCUGUACCUGCUUUCAUCGUUUCAAGAGAAACCAAUCGUAGUAAUGAUCAUGAUCAUGAUGAGAUUGUGCUACCAAAGGUAGUUCUAUACCAGUAUGAACCCUGUCCUUACUGUUGUCAGGUUAAAGCUGUCUUGGAUUACUUGAAGAUUCCGUACGAAGUGGUGGAAGUAAAUCCAAUAACUAAAAGCGAGAUCAUGGCUUUUACAGACUACCGCAAAGUGCCGGUGGUACGUAUUAAUGACCAAGUGGUCGUGGACUCUUCUGCGAUUAUUUCGCGACUCUGGGAACUUGUCAUGUGCUCAGAGGAUAAGGACAUUGAACAUGGAGAAGAGGAGGAAAAACACUGGUGUCAAUGGGUUAACAAGAAGCUCAUUCUUUUGACACCACCUAAUAUCUAUCGUACAAUACCGGAGGCAUUACAGGCUUUUGAUUACUGCUUGACAGAGGGUAAUUUUACAUCCAUGGAGCGUCGUAUGUCCAAGUACGCCGGCGCUAUGGUUAUGUACCUUAUUGCAAAGAGAGCAAAGAAGAAAUAUGAGAUUGACGACGAACGUCUAACGCUUUAUUCAGCGCUGAAGAAUUGGGUGGAUGCUAUUGGUGACAAACGCCCGUUUCUUGGCGGCCAAGAGCCCAACAUGGCUGAUCUCUCCGUUUUCGGUGUAUUGCGUGCGAUGCACGGACUGGAUACGUAUAAUGACAUUAUGCGCGAGACAGAUAUCGCGCCGUGGUUUACGCGCAUGAGUCUAAAGGUUGGUCCUAGCUCACGCAUUGCCAGCAACUAA